UGGAGAUUUGCGAUUGGAAGCGAAGUUUGGAAGUGAAAAAAGAUCGUGGUUGUUGUGUUUAUUUAUUUAUGGAUUUUUCCGUGAAUUUAAUUGUCCACACACCCUAAUUCCUCCACCAAAUCACACCUCAGUGUUCCCUGUAGCGAUUGCCGUGCGUGACUUGUGCACCAGUGUGCGGGAAGGGCGCUGAAAACGACGUGUAUCUGAUUGUGAAUUUGUAACCCAAGCGCAAGCAUUUUGUGUGUGUGCCUCAAAGCGAAGCCACAGCGAGGAACCACCUUUAUCAUCAAUGGAGGCGAUUUAGGAAAAGAAGUCCGAACCCCAAGCACGGUCACCGCAGCUACUAGCACAGCCACCGACACUACCGCAGCAUAGUCGCAAUAAUGGUUCGAGGAAGGAGAGCACGUCCGGCAGCUCCAACGGGAAGCUCAAGCACGGCCUCCCGGAAUCUACUUGAGGAAUACUGCGCCAGCCCAAAGCGCAAAGACUACAAACUCGACCCGUUGAGCAUUCAUGAGAAUGGAAAUGAGAAAAUACCGGGAAUUGAGACGAAAUUCAAGACACAGAUGGUCCUGAGGCCAUCAUCGAAGCGUAAUGUAAAGAAUAUCCAAAUUACGAGGUAUUUUCCCGUGCAAACCACUCAAGAUGUGGGUGCAAAUGGCUUUGAUACCAUUGAAUUGAUUGACGAUGACACGUGUGAUUCGUAUCCGGAGGCAGUGGAGGAGGAAUCUUCGAAUAUUUUCCUACAGAAGCCCGUGUUGAAGUUGAAUGUGGACAAAAGUCCGAAUCAGGCGUCGUCGAUUGUUAUCAAGAAGAGCCUCGAGGUGAAGCCGGAUUUCUCGAGUCUCACAAGCAAUGGGUUUGUCUCAUUUAACAAUGCUGCCACCACCACACCACGGGCAAAUGGCGUUAAUUGUCAGGAUGUCCUGAAACCCGUGUCGCCGGUGCUUGCGUGUUCAGACAGCAAUUCCUGCGAUAGUGGCGUUGUGUCGGAUCGAAGUCACGACACCACACCGGCUGGGAUGCGUUUGCGCCACAAGAAACCCACAACACCCCAUCGAAUUGUUUGUCCAUCGCCGAAGAAGAGUGAUGCGGAGAAUGUGAAUGAUGUGGAGAAUGCCACCGAAGGGGCGGAAGAUGUGGGAGAGCUGAAGGGGAGGAUAGAGGGGGAGGCGCACAGCCAGGUGGAUGUGCAGGAAUGUGAGGAAGUUGCGGCAAAGCCGAGGGAGAAUGGUGCCUUUCCGGCCCCAGCAACAGGAGCACGAACCAAGAAUGGGGCCACGAAGAAGCUCCUCAAUGGGGUGGGGCAGAAGACCAUAAAGGAGUUCUACAAGGUGCGCCGGAGUGCACGGAAGACGAAGAAGGAGGUGCAGAAGGAGGAGCAGAGGGCCAUUGAGGAGGCUAUCGCCGAGGGGCGUCAGCGUGGGCUCGCGGUGAAGCUUUUCAAGGGCAAAGGGCGCGGUGUUGUGGCCACACAUGCCUUCACCAAGGGGGACUUUGUUGUGGAGUACAUUGGGGAUUUGAUCUCGAACGGCGAGGCCGGCAAGAGGGAGCAGAUCUAUGCGGAGGAUCAGAAUGCUGGCUGCUACAUGUAUUACUUUAAACACAAAAAUGUUCAGUACUGCAUCGAUGCCACGAAGGAAUCGGACAAGAUUGGGCGCUUGGUGAAUCACUCGCGCAAUGGGAAUCUGAUAACAAAGAUCGUGGACUACAAGGGGAGACCACAUUUAGUGCUACUGGCCAAAGAGGACAUUGAGCCGGGGAAAGAGCUCACGUAUGACUAUGGGGAUCGCUCCAAGGAAUCCCUGCAGCAUCACCCAUGGCUGGCAUUCUGAGAGAGCGCGACUGAUGAGUGAGGGGACCCCUCUUUUAGCUUUUUUUCCUUCCACACCAUCCUCCCACGCGUCCAACACUUAAUAUUUAAUUCUUUAUUAUAAAACAAACAAAACAAAAGCAAAGAAACUCCAUCACUAUUUAUUCACCUUUCUACAUUACGCGCGGGAGAUGUUCCCUCCCUCCCUCUCCCCCUUUUAUCCUUCCUGUAUGCUGCUCCUUUCUCCCUAAAAGCAAUUCCUUUCCUCCAGCACGAGCGAGGACAGGAAGAAUGUGUUCUUACUUAACGUUUUAUUUUCUUCUCCUAACUACUCUUAAUUAUAUAAACAUUUCUAUCUUUAA